GUCUGGGAAUGUACUUGUUACGCUUCAGAAAAACAUCUGGGUGGUCAUCAAACAUUUACCAAGCGAGUAGGAGAAAAAUUUGGGGAAACAGGGAUCAUUCACUAGAUGCGAUGUCUUCUAACACUCCUAGAACAUUUUAUGGGCGUUCUCUCCCUCAAAAUCUGGUUGACUACCGAUCUACGGAGUCCAAGACUCGCCUCUGCCGUGCUCUGCAAACUGGUCAUGCUGUUCCUUACCUAUCUUUGUCUUCGUGCUUUAAUACUCAAGCUGAACCAGCUUAUUGCGGGGUUAGUACUUUAGCGAUUAUCUUAAAUGCCCUGCGAAUAGAUCCUCAACGUAUCUGGAGAACUAUUUGGCGAUGGUUUACCGAGGAACUCUUAGAAUGUUGUCGUCCGCUAGAAGACGUGAAAGUAUCAGGUAUCACUUUGGAAGAAUUUGUUUGUUUAGCACACUGCAAUGGAGCAGACGCCACCCUUGUUCGACCGAACGACUCGAACGAACAAUACAAGAAAUUUAUUCAGAUUCUAGAGCGAGUCUGCACUGGUGGCAGGGAGGUUAAAGGAGAAACGUUUGAUGAGGAAAAUCCAGAGGAGUUCAUGGCAAUUUCUUACUCGAGGAAGACUUUGGGACAAACAGGCGACGGUCAUUUCAGUCCUGUUGCUGCAAUGGACAAAGAAUCAAACUCUGUAUUGAUGUUUGACACAGCCCGGUUCAAAUAUCCGCCCUAUUGGGUUCCUAUGGAAGUGCUCUUCCAGUCCAUGUUACCACUAGAUAGUGUUACAGGAAAGAGUCGUGGUUAUGUGGUAUUGAAGGCAAAAUAUGAAUAUCAAGGUCGAAAAGUUGCUUGUAAUUGGAGUGAAUGUAAUUCUUUGGCAGAUUGCCCAGAAAAUGAUUUACCAGUACCAAAGCCUGUUUAUAAAAGUGGCCAGUGGCAUUGCGGAAAUUGGCCUUGUAGUGGAGGUCCUUUUGACACAAUUAAACCAACUUAGUUUGGUUCACCAGCACUGGAGGAUUUACAAUCAUUAGGCCACUUUGGAAAAAACAGUAAUCCUUUUUCAUAGGCAAGCUCAACCUUACUGGUUUGCAGUUAUUCAAGUCUCCCUGACAUGAGUUUUAGUAUUCACAUACCAGGGGCCUCUUCCCUGAAAUGUGCCUUGUGUUGAGAUUUCACAUUAGUACAAGCUACAAUUCAGAGAAAUGAUAAGAUAUGGUGUUUUCAAUGGAAGUCUUUGCGGUCAUUAAACAACAGCUGAUUAUCAGUGCAAAACAGUUGAAAUUGGAGCAGUGACCUGAACCUCAUUCAACUUCACAAUUUUAUUUAAUUUUUUUGCAUAAAUUGUGUAUAGUUGGAUAUCUUGAGAAAACUAGAUGCAAAUCCCUAUGAAUACUUAGAUUCAGACAUAGAAGAGGCAUACACUCCUGUGCUUGAGCCAGUAGACUCAGAUGAUCAGUGAGCUCAAAGUUGAGUCAAGACAACACUGGUAAUGCAGCUGAAAGGUGUUAGAAGAGAGGAAUGCUGACAAUUCAAGAGGGAUCUCUUGUUACUCUCUGUCAAAUUUUCAUACAGUUAGAAAAUAUACCAUUAUACCAAAGAGAAUAUUUCUUUGUUGCAUUAAUUUUUUACUGAAUGCUACCCUUGAAUCGGCACAAAAAAAAAUGGAAGUGGUUUUAAGAUCACAAGAAAAAAAACUGUUACAUCAAAGUUUAGUAAUUUACUUGUACUGAUAGGAAGAGUAUUAAUAAUGAAGGUCAAUAUUGUUAACAAAAGUGGUGAUUUGAAGGAC